CUGGUCUCUGGGCUAGCCUACCUUGUUUCGUUUAACUGUCCUUGCAGUUUAGUUGUAGGCUACAGUUUUUCUUUCUGUUGAUCGGCUAUAAUAAAUCCACCCACACCUUUCUGCUGGGUUUUUUUGUUUGUUUGUGGUAAGCCUAUAGGCCUAAGUCUAAUUUAGUCAUAGUCUGUCUCCGUUGCUUAGCAGGGAUAUUGAACCCAUAGAUAUGGCUUACACGUUUUUAUUAGCAUGCUUUUUGUCAUUUUUAUCAACACAACUGGUAGAAUCAUCUGGCGUGUUUGAGCUGAAAGUUCAUUCUUUCUCCACCACUGAUAAGGUCUGCAAACGGUCCAGAGAAUGUCUAGUUUUUUUCCGAGUGUGCUUGAAACACUCUCAAGAUGUGAUUUUGCCCGAACCCCCGUGUACCUACGGCACUGGUGUCACGGACGUUUUUCGCGCUGACGAUGAUUCUAUCUCCAGGAGCUCACCAGUAAAAAUACCAUUUCAUUUCAAAUGGCCGGGAACAUUUUCGCUCAUCGUGGAGGCUUGGAACGCAGAGUCAUCUGCUGACCACUCCUUAGAAAACCAGAACAACCUGAUUAGUCGAUUGGCCACUCGAAGAAGACUAACAAUCGGUGAAGAAUCGUCACAGGAUGUGCAAAGUGAAUUGCGCUUUUCCUACCACGUUGUUUGCGAUGAAAACUAUCAUGGAGAGAGUUGCUCGGAAUUCUGCCGUCCCCGCGAUGAUUCCUUCGGACAUUAUACCUGUGAUGCAACUGGCAACAGAGUUUGCUUUACUGGAUGGAAAGGCGAAUACUGCUCAGAACCAAUCUGCUCAUCUGGAUGUAGUGAGACUCAUGGGUACUGUGAUCAGCCUGGUGAAUGUAAAUGCCGCCUUGGCUGGGAGGGUCCCUCCUGUGAUGACUGCAUUCUUUACCCAAGCUGCGUGCAUGGCACCUGCAGCCAGCCAUGGCAGUGCAACUGCAAGGAGGGCUGGGGGGGCCUGCUGUGUGAUCAGGACCUUAACUUCUGCACAAACCAUAAGCCCUGCAUGAACGGAGCAACCUGCACCAACACAGGCCAGGGCAGCUACACAUGUACAUGCCAGAAAGGCUUCAGUGGUGAAAGGUGUGAGACGGAGAUCAACGAGUGUGACCGCAAUCCAUGCAAGAAUGGAGGCAGCUGUAAUGACAUGGUUAAUGACUACUCAUGCAGUUGCCCUCAAGGUUUCUACGGGAAGAACUGUGAGGUGAGCGCCAUGAAGUGUGCAGAUGGCCCAUGUUUCAAUGGUGGGACAUGCACAGAGAAGAGCAGUGGAGGCUACAGCUGUGCCUGCCCUGUUGGCUACACAGGAUCCAACUGUGAGAAGAAAAUGGACCGCUGCAGCAGUGAGCCCUGUGCUAAUGGCGGUCAAUGUCUCGACCUUGGGCACAGUGUGAAAUGUAGAUGUAGUCCUGGCUUCAGAGGUGCCCACUGUGAGAUAAACAUUGAUGAAUGUGCCAGGAACCCCUGCCGUCAUGCUGGUACCUGUGUUGAUGGCAUUAAUGACUACACAUGUACAUGUCCACUUGGAUACACCGGCAAGGACUGCCAUAUCCGUGCAGAUGUUUGCUCCCAGAAUCCCUGCCAGAAUGGUGGCACGUGUUUUACCCACUUUAGUGGGCCAGUUUGUCAGUGUCGACCCAACUUUAUGGGAUCCCGCUGUGAGUUUUCAAAGCCUACCAAGGAGCCCCCCAUUACGGCGGGAGGAGCCCUCCCAGCUGCCCUGGCCUUGUCCUUCACCCUAGGCCUGAUCACACUCACGCUUGUGGUGUGUGCAGCGAUUAUGGUUCUGCGUCAGAUGAGGAGGAAUCACAAAGCCCUUGCCUCAUCAGUACGCAAUGACCUGGAUGCAGCCAACAACCGCACUUCCCUGAGCCCCAGCAGUGGCUCUUCUGGCUGCUGGGAGAAGGAAGCCUUUCUGAUCCCAGGCAGCCAGAUUAAGGUGUCCAACAAGAAUGUAGCCCUCAGUACUCCUGCAUUGGAGGUGCCACAGGACCGAGCACAUUACAAGAACAAGUUUGCAGACAGCAACCUAACCAAGGACAAUGAACUCACCAAGAACAACUUGGACAUAAAUAAAUCGGAGACCAGCAUAUUUGUCCCUUCAGUGAGCUUUCCUAAAGAGGGCAUAUACCAUCCAAUCUACAUUAUUUCUCAAAUGGAGCAGCACGUUUUAGCAACUGAGGUUUGACAGUAUUCAAAAUUCUGAAGCACCUCAUCUACCCAGGGGACCUACUACAAUAUGUUUACACUUUUUAAAAGAACAAUUGAAGGAUAAUAUGAGAGUAUACUAUAUCUAUAUAUAAUAUUUAAUAUUUAUUUUUGCUGCUCAUUUGUGGUUCAUUCCUGAUCUGGACAAAUUUUCUUUGGUGACAAAUCAAGAUGACUGCUAAGGACUUUUAAGAAUUAUUUGCACUAUGAUUUAAGAGUUGUUUCUAUAACCACAUAAACUGCUUUGAUGGAAUGCAACAUUUGACCAUUUUGACCAAAGAGAACCAAGGAUCUAUCACAAUCAAGAUUGGAACUUCUCUGUGAAUGCUUAAAUUCUCAACCACUCCUUAUAAUGGACAAGGACAAAUGUGGGGCCCAGGCCUUGACCAACAGCUAUUCCAUAACCAAAUGGAAAUGGGCUACCAUGGAUGGGUAUCAUUUGUGACAAUGCAUGGAAUAAAUCAGUCAGACAGUAUUGAUGACAGAAGAACCUGCCUAAUGGAUCAGAUCAGCUACUGCACUGAUCUCUAGAAUGGGAUUUUCAAACAUGGACAUGCCUGAUCUUGUAAUUUACAAUGGCCCACUGAAAAGGUACUCCUUGUUGAACAUACUUUGAUAUGGAUAUAUUCAAUGUUGACAUUUUUUUGCAGUUUUUUCUCAGAUAGAAAAACAAUUUAUUAUAAAGCCUUUUUGCACAGCAAUUUUAAGUGGAUGCUGUUAUUUAGUGUUUAGUUAAUUCCUACUGUUUCAUCACAUGAACAGGCAAAAUAUUUUAAGACCAUUUAACUUUGAAAGUAAAUUAAUGCUUGUUUUACGUAAUUUCAUGUGCUUUUUAAAUUGACAAUGCUAUUGCACAUGUUCCUAAAAUAUAUUUUCAUCUAUUUAAUUUUGUAAAUAGUCUGUAUU